CCCCGCUGCCUGUGUUUAAACGAUUAAGUGUCACUUUCUGAUUCGUCCCGGUUAGUGAAAUAUGUCAUUCUCUUAUUGGUACUCUGAUAUAGGGAAAUGUUUGGGGUAUUUUCAUGCAGCGCAGUCAUAUUUAUAAAUUAUUUCGAAACAUUGCAAGUCGAGAAACAGGAAAACAGUACAUCCUGACCACUAGAGGGCGGAGUACCGACGUCACCGCGUCGUCAUCAAGACCACGAAGAAAAACAUUUGGCGCGCGGGCUUCGGAAAUGGCGGAAGACCGGGAAGCAAACAUGGGAUCCUUGUCCUCAGAUUCCCUCAAACUGUACGAGGCGCAGUUCUUCGGCUUCACCCCUCAGACCUGCAUGAUGAGGAUGAACAGCGCCUUCCAGGACUGUCUGUACGAGAUGCUUGUAGUUGUCGAGUCCGUGUUUGUCCGAAAACUGUCCCAGGGCAAAGAUCCACCUGAAGAGCUUUCCAUAAAGACUCGAGAGUGCACGCAAAAACUGCUGCAGUUCCUGCAGGAACGCUUCAGGAAGCUGUCGAUUCGCAUGGAAGCUCUGCUGGUGAACAGCGUGCUUUCAGUGCCCGAAAAUGUCCUUCUGCCUGAAGACGAGUCGCACCGGAAAUACCCAGAGAGCAAAGAACAGCUUUUAAAGCUGGAGGCUUCGAUCACAGAGCUGCAAAAGUCUUAUGAGGCAGAGUUGUGUGCGAAACAAGCUCUCCUGGCCGAGCUCGAGGAGCAGAAGGAAACACAGGAGCAGCUAGACGAGGUGCUGCAGUGGAUCGACGAGCUGCGUUUAUCCUGGAGGAAGGAGGGAAUGGGAAAUAUCCGAGACAGCUUCCAGAAUAUGAUUGAGACUGUGAACCAGCUGCAGGGUGAGAUGGGGAAGAUCCGGAAGAAGAGCAAAUCCCUAGAUGAAGUGUGAUAUCCUUUUCUCCCGUGCCUUCAUCGAUGAUAUUGUCAGUUGCACACCAGUGGUACUUGGCUGUGCAAAGAUGGUCCAUCCACAAGGGGGUGGCAGCGCUCAGUCCAAUUAUGCCACCUUGCUGAAACAUCAGAUGUGCUCUUCUCAGCAAGAUGUCACAUUUGGAAGCCUGGAGUUCCUUCUUUGACAUUUGAAAUGCAGUCACCCAAAAUCCCCUCCUUUUCCACCAAAUCCAUUGUCUAUACCACACUAAGGCCAGGUUCAUUUGUAUUCUCUGCUUUUAUCUUCAGUGCAGUGAGAUCAAAGUGAAUUUCCUAUAAGCCCAAAAUUGUGUGCUUUCCUUCUUGUUCACAGCAGGAGGCCUGUAGACCCAACUAAGGGUCAGUUCUUUUACACGGUGCAUUGUGCACCAUGAUUGUAGAUACUGUUAUUAGAUGCUUUUUGUUAAGAACUGGCACUUUAGCUUUGAACAAUACCUAACUUUUAUAAAUAAAUUGUCAGUUUCCUUUGUAAAUACAAUAAAAGUCCAUGUUCUUUUUUA